AUGAGCACCAAGUGGACAUUCCUACUUCCAGUGGUUGUGGUCCUCAAUCUCAUAGACCUAACUCAAUGCUUCAUACCAACAUUUUUGUCUGAAAGCGACUCCAUAUCUCAUAAAGAGAUCACCAUCAAGGCAAUUCUUCAAAAGACGGCCGAGGUCUGCCGAGACAUUGCUGCUGCGAAUGAACAAGACUUCAGUCUUACUAUUGAUGACAGUCUAACCAUUGAACAAGUACAUGAGGUGUGCUCCUCCACCCAAGGCACCUCCUUCGUAUUGUCCAGUUUCUUGUUCCAUUCAUCAAUUCAGGAUAUUUACUCAGAGAAUGCGCGUGUGGAUUCACAAUUUCGACUCAGUGCCGAGCGCCAUUUUGAUGACGAGACCUUCCAAGCAGGACGAAACAUAAUCACACUAGGUAUAGCCGAUGUGAAGGAAAAUGUGAGAAUGGAAAACUUUGUUACAGGGCGUUUAAUUCUCGGAACCAUUCUUCACACACUGCAGGACUUCUAUAGCCACAGCAACUGGGUGGAGCUGGGCAACAUGGCUCCUUACAAUACUUUGAUAACUUCUGAACAACCUCUUGAGAACCUGGCAGGCAUUAAUAUUCCAACUUGUAGAAGUUGUGUCGACAAUGUCUGUGAUGACAACAUUUUGCCUAAUGUGCUGGAGAAUAGGCUUCUCACCUCAGGCUACUUCAGCCCCUUCUCUUCAGAAAAGCCAGACGGUAAAUGCAGCCGUGGCGGUUCUGCAGAUAGGACGAGCGAAACUGAACCAAUAGGAGGCAUCGGUAAAGACACAAUUGAUUCCGACCACGGCUCCUUACACAAUCAAGCAGCCAAUUUGGCUGUAACUGCUACUAUGGAGCUUCUGGAGAACAUCAGAAUCGCUGAAGGAGACGAGAAUUUCCUACGACUAAUGGGCCUGUUCCAGUCUCCUGUGUUAUGUUUCGUCAUUGACACCACAAGCAGUAUGGAAGAUGAGAUAGCCGAAGUCCAGAGACUUUCUUCUGAAAUUAUUGAAAGUAGGAGGGGAACCUUACUGGAGCCGCCAGCCUACAUAUUGGUUCCCUUCAAUGAUCCAGAUUUCGGACCUCUACUAAGGACAAGCGACGCAGAUUUUUUCAUAGAAGCGAUCAAUAAUUUGACUGCCUCUGGAGGGGGUGACGUCUUAGAGAUGAGUUUGUCCGCACUACAGCUUGCCCUUACCGGGGCUCCACCCUUAUCGGACAUAUUUGUCUUUACUGAUGCGCCGCCAAAGGAUGCAUUUUUGAAAAGCACCGUCACUGCCCUAAUUGAGGAAAGAAAGUCUGUGGUAACAUUCAUGCUGACAAACGUCGAAUCCGGAAGACGUAAAAGAGAGCUCGAAGGUGUGAUGUCUCAGGUAUCGUUGUUGGGAGCCUCGCAGCUGUACCGUGAUCUUUCCAGGGCAUCUGGAGGCGAAACUAUUGAGGUCAGCGACAGAGAGUUUGCUCUGGCGACAUCUAUUAUCGAGGAUUCUUUAAGAAGUGCAACGGUGAUAGUUUUUCAAGAAGAAAGAAGCAACCCUCAAAGUUUCCAGUUUACCAUUGAUAACUCACUAGAGAACGUAAUAAUCUCCAUUACAGGGAAUCCAGAUCUCACCUUUAAUCUCACCAGCUCAACUGGUGUAUCUCAGAGCUCAAAUGAAUCCAGUGGCCCUCUGGCAUCUUUGAUCAUGGCAGGAACCCUUCAUCGACUGAUUCUCAACAGUGACAGUGAAACUGGACUGUGGAAAAUCAGUGUAGAUUCUGAAGACCCCUACUUAGUCAGGAUUACAGGUCAAAGUCCAGUGAACUUCAUCUCCAACUUUGUGGAAGCCCGUGAAGAACUCAACGCUUUCUUUCCAAAAGACGGACGGCCAUUUUCAGGAAGUAAUGUUACCAUCUUGAUCACACUGACAGGAGGAGACAGUGUAACUCUCUCUGAGGUUACACUGUAUGACAGUGCAGGACCAACAGAGGUCAACGGUACAUCGGAGUUUAUAGGAGAAACUGACUACCUGGUGACAUUCCAUGAGAUUCCGGAAGGUAGUUUUGCGCUUCGAUUAAGAGGAAUAAACAACUUAUUUGAUUCAACUCCAAGCAUGUUCCAGAGGCAGGCCGCCACUCAGAUCUCAACAUCGACUGUCUCUGUUACCGCUGAAGUCAACAUCACCAACAUAGAACCAAACUCCACUGUCUUUAUCCCGUUCACCAUCUCCAUCUCGUCUAGAGGUGUAACUAACGAGACUACGGAUGAGACUUUCACAGUGUGCGCUACAAAUGAUCGCGGCUUUGAAUCCUCGUCGCCAACGUCUGUCACCGUUGAAGCAGACAGUGGAGGGAAAGCCAAUGGCACCUUGAGCCUAACUGUUCCGGAGAAUGCAGAAACAGGGACCGAUGUGACGCUGACAAUUGAGGUGGAGAAUACAAUUUCAGCUGAUAUCAACUUUGCAGUCCUCAGAUUUGGAGUUGCUAACAGGGUGUCUGAUAGUUUUCCACCAGUGUGCCGGGAUGUCAGUACAUCCAACUGUCCACCCUCUUCAUCACCCUGUAACUCCUCUCAGUGGGAAUUUGUGGUCAACGUGACUGCCAUUAACGGAGUUAGCAGAGGGAACGUCACCAUCCUUUCGGGGAGCGGUACGCUCAACACGAGCACAGUGGUUGGGCCAGCUGGUGAGAACAUCACUGUGGCUUCCUAUCGGGCCUCCUGCUGUGCAGACAGAGUGGAAUUGUCUGCUGUGGACAGCCUGGGAAAUGAGGCCAUUUGUGUAGGUCAGGCAAGAGAGUCAACCACCAAUGCCCCGACAACUCCAAUUCAUGUGACAACCAACACUACAGGCACUGGAGGGCACACCGUGAGCACAACACUUUAUGUGUGGAUACCUAUAGUGAUACUACCACUUUUGAGAUAA